CUUCUAUUAUUCCCCUAAUUAUUAUUUGUUCAGGUUAAAACUAAAAACUUGCAUAUUUUCCGUAGAUACCCGAUAAACAGGAACAGUCUCGUUGAACUUUACCAUCAAAAGCGAUGUUGUAAGAAGGCCUAUUACGCUUUCCUACAACUGAAAAUGAGUCGUUCACUGGACGAGUUCUCCAGAAGGUCUCACAAUGACAGUCCACCAUUAAAACGUCAAGCUAACAGUCUUCAGUUCAGUGGAGGGAAAUCAGAAGGCUACGAUGAAUACUUCGAUCCUCCGUUGGAGAAUAAGUAUGAAUGUCCAAUAUGCCUGCUUGGUCUGAGAGAACCGGUACAGACAGAAUGUGGGCAUCGUUUCUGCAGAGGCUGCAUUUUACGUUCACUAAGGGAGUCAGGCAAUAGAUGCCCAGUGGAUAAUGAGCCUCUUACUGAAUCAGGACUCUAUCCAGACAACUUUGCUAAGAGAGAAAUGAGUUCCUUCACUGUUUGGUGCAGACACAAGAAAGACAGAGGGUGUUCUUGGAAUGGACCAUUGGGAAAACUGGAGGAGCAUAUGAAAAUGUGUCCAUUUUCUGAUGUCAAGUGUCCCAAUUCCUGUGGCAAGAAGAUCCAACUACAACGACUUGAAGAGCACAUGGAAAAAGACUGUGAAAAGCGUAAAACUGAAUGCCCAUUUUGCCACAACAGUAUUUUUGUAUCUGAAGCUAAGAUCCACGAAAAAGAAUGUCCUGAGGCACCUUUGGAAUGUAAAAAGUGCGGCAAGAAGGAUAUCCCAAGAAAUCAGAUGCCCAACCAUUCAGAGAAUGACUGCCCAAAGGAAAAAUCUAGGUGUCCUCUGUUCUAUCUGGGCUGUACAUUUGAGGGCUACAAUCCAGAUGUUUCCAAACACAUUGCAGACAAACAGGUUCAACAUUUCAAAGACCUUGCUAAAACAGUGCAAAAGCUACAAGAACGACCAGCGGCAACAGCAGUUGUGCGAUCUGCAGGUCCAAGUACUUCACACGAAGAACCUUUCAGACAAGAACUAAGACCUGUAAGCCUUCAACMACCACGGCAACCACUGAGAAGUAAUGAUGCACUUGAGGAAAAGAUAUUGAAACUAGAAGAAAGAGUGAUUGAACUGGAAGGGAGGGUGAGUGCCGGAACUUUUAUCUGGAAGAUUGACAAUUUUACGUACCAGCGUGGUCAGGCAAUGGACAAUACAGUACCUGCUAUCCACUCACCACCCUUCUACACUAGCCUGUAUGGGUACAAGAUGUGUCUAAGAAUGAACCUGAAUGGUGUUGAUAGUGGGUUUGGUCACCAUCUCUCUCUCUUUGUGCACAUGAUGAGAGGAGACUGGGAUGAUAUAUUGGAGUGGCCGUUCACAGGCCGCAUUACAUUGGCCAUACUGGAUCAAAGUGAGAAUGUAGAGUUUCGUCGUCCAAUAAGCGAAACUCUGGUUGCCAAGCCCAACCUUUUGGCCUUUCAGAAGCCGACAACAGCRAGGAACCAUAAGGGGUAUGGUUAUGUUGAGUUUUGUCAGAUUGAGCAGUUGUUACGUGAUGGUCAGUUYGUGAAGAAUGACGUCAUGUUGGUUCGUAUUCAGGUCUUUCACUAAGUACAAACCACUGAUCUGCCAAUGCAGCAUGCCGUGUUCAUUGUAUUCUAGCAUAUGACUAAAUACUACUGCUAGGUUCGUCCCACGCAGUUAGCAUCACAUUUGAGAAGAGUUUCUAGUUGGUUCUCUCCUGUUCUUUGAAGGAUAUCUCCAGAUUCUC